GAGAAAACAAGAAAGAUAACUCUUAUAAGUGAUGUGUUUAAUGCAGAAUCCAAAGUUCAGAAACCAGGCCAUCAAAUAAAAAGUUCCACAGAAAGUACAUGUAUAUGUAGUUCAAUUUAGAUACAUCAGGGAAUAAAAGAAUGUACAGGAACUUUGUAUGGGUGGAAGACAAACAUUAUUGAAAACGAUGUCACAAUCAAGCAGAAAACAACCUAUCCACAUUGAUGGAUUUGUCAAACCAGGAUUUGAGAAAGUCUUCGAAGUAUUCAGGUAUAAUCUAGAGAAUGAUAUUGAGAGAGGAGGGACUUUUGCGGCAUACUACAGGGGGGAACUCGUGGUGAAUAUCUGGGGAGGAUACGCGGAUCGUAAGUCCAGGGUCAAGUGGAAGAAGGAUCUGAUGCCAUGUUUUUAUUCCACAACAAAAUCUCCCUCAGCAGCUGUAAUUGCUCACCUGGUGGACAGGGGAUUCCUGGAUUAUUCUGAGAGGGUUUGUAAAUAUUGGCCAGAGUUCGCAGCCAAUGGGAAAGAGGGCAUCACGUUAGAAACACUAGUCACAAAUAGGGCUGGGUUAUCUUGUACAGAGGAGAAGUUCACGAUGGCCAUGUCUAAAGAUGACCCUGACAGGCUCGGGAGGAUACUGGCCAAUCAGAAACCACUGUGGACUCCUGGCUCUAACCAUGGGUACCACCCUAUCACCUUUGCUCUGUACUUGGAUCAAAUUGUUAGAAGGGUGGACCCCCAAAAGAGGAGCCUGUCACAGUAUUUCCAUGAAGAAAUGGCAGUACCCUUUGGUCUUGACUUCCACAUUGGUCUUCCGUAUGAGAAGCAGUACAGGGCUCCUCGUAUAGUGAUGAUGAAAAGCUUUGAUCAGGAGGAGUACAUCAGAAACUUCAAAGGUGACCUCAGUAUUCUACAACUCACAGGAGGAAACCCCACAGACUUCAUCGGGGUUCGGAGGAUGAAUGACCCAGAUAUCCAAGUGCUCCCGGUGGGGUCUGUUUGUGGUCACGGUACAGCGGAGUCCAUGGCUAAGUUCCACGCUAUUCUGGGGGAGGGUGGGGUAUGGCAGGGGAAGCGACUCCUCUCCCAGGACUCGGUGGACAGAUUCCAGCAGAUUAAGAGUGGGGGGUAUGAUCUGGCCUUCAGUAUGGACGGGAUGUGGAGCUACGGAAUGAUGAUAUUCCCAGUCAUGGAACAAGGAAAGCCAACAAUGUUUAUGUUUGGCCAUGGUGGAUAUGGAGGUCAGAUGGGGCUGGCGGACACCACCUACAGAGUGGGGCUAGCGUACGCCACCAGUCACCUUGACCCCACAUCGCGUGCUGGGGCCGACGCAGACAAACGCUGGCCUUCUAUGUACAACACAUUAUACAAGUGUAUAUAUCAGAUCGAGAAUAUCCGAGUCCCAAGGAAAACUUUAUAUUUGUAUGAGGAUUACAAGAAAGCCCAGGGGUCCAGCAAAAUGUGAUUGUUUUGGUUUCUCUAUCUACAUGUAUUCCAUUAUGUUUUUAAAUCUGUUCUAAGAGAGGCUAAAGGAUAUAAAUAUGUACAGCCUUGGGAAGCAAUUUUCUCAGGGACAGCUGAAAAAAAUAUUGUAAAAGGUUUACCUUUUUUAUACAAUGUACCUUUAUAGAAGCAUAUUGACCAUAUUUUUAAACAGCGUAUGUUUAUUGAUGUGUAUAAUAACAUAACUUAUUCAUGAUUUUCACUUUGUUAAUUGACUUUAUGAUUAUACAGUUGUUAAAUUUUAUACCCAAUAACCAAAAUUAUUUGUUGACAAUAAAUUGAAAUAUUAAA